AUGGAUCCCAACUGUGAGGAAAUACAACUUGAAGAUGACUACGUGUUGAUAUUGCAUCUCGGCAGUUCCGAUUCCGCCAUCAUUCACCAGCGGUUUCUGCACGUGGUGCUCAUCUACAUGCUCAGCACCGUCCACUCGAACGACUUGCCGUAUUUCGUGGUGCAGACGUUGUUGGACUAUUUGCUAUAUGCUGAUUUACAUCCUUACCAAUAUGAGGAACUUGAUGAGCAGAUUCCAAUUGAAGUCAUCCAAGUGAGCAGCGGCUCAGGCAAUUCGUACGAGGCGGUGGCGGAAAUGUGUUCUGAAGGCUUCAAUCGCUUUUCAAACAAUAUAUUCAAUGUGACUGCAAAAUACUCCAAGGUUGCAAAACUGCAAGUGAGUCCUCAACCCCACCGAUUCUACUUCGAGGUCCUUGAUACAGGUACCCCCAAGACUGAGGAACUACCUGCUGGAAUUCCUAACGAUUCGGUGUUCCAGUUGGUUUUACCGGCUGAUUCCAUGCUCAACAACGAAACCACAGGCAAAUUCGAGGCUUUUUUCGAUGAUAUCUACGCUAGCUUGGCCCUGGAGCUCCCGGUACUGAUUCACCCUUCAAACAACGUCAACAUCCGUUUGGGGGCUCUUCUCAAGCAUUCAGUGCUUCGGAACAUCAACAAAAUCUUGGAUAGAUUGGCCCAGAAUCCACAUCACCCGGCCCAAAAACCCAUUCUCGCCAACGUCAGGGGCUUUAUAAGCCAGCUCCAGCAGUAUCCCGUACCAUGGAAGCGUCUCCAUCAAGAAACUACCAACACCCUCAAAUCCACAUGUUUAUAG